AUGCGCAGCAAAAUCAUGCAAGUGAAGGAUCGCCUAGACGUGGGUGAACAAUCGGGCGUCGUCUAUCAGAUCCCAUGUCGGGACUGCCCUCGCCACUACACUGGACAAACCGGACGACGACUUAGCUCACGAAUAACGGAGCACAAACGGGCGGUCCAGAGAGGCGACCCGUUGUCUCAGGUCGCCACUCACACCCUGGAGGAAGGCCACGAAUUCAACUUUGCGAGCACGCGGAUAGUGGCGCGGGCCAACAAUAAGACAGAACGAGAACUGUUAGAGGCCUGGGUGUCUGACACCAACGCUAUCAACAGGCACGUUGAUAUACCCCCUGCUAUCACGCGCUCCGUUCCCGCGGCCAAGGGUGCACGCAGUCACGCCACCGUGAGACGGCGUGGGACGCAACUUAUCGCGAAUACCACCCUCUGCACUCAUAUCUCCCCCCCCCUUCAUGGCGUGACUACAAAAACCACUCAUUUGAUGUUGCCUUCUCACAGUCUCUGA